UUGGCCGGCAGACUGAAUGAUACUCUUUUUGGUGCUAUGGAAGUCCUGAAGGUGGACAAAUGUGAGGAAGGAUCUUCGACAGUGAAGCUCGAGCGAAACUUUCUUGAGCUCGACCUAGACUAUCUGGAGAGACGACAAGUCCCUAACUCACUGUGUUCCCCAGGGAGCCUAUCCCAGGUCAGCCCUGACGCUCCUGAACUUGUCAAGCUGGUCCUUCUGGGCGCGCCGGGUGUUGGCAAAAACCUCCAUCAUACAGCAAUUCGUGUGGAACAGUUUCAAGGAGGAGUACUGGCCGACCAGCUGUCGUCAUACCUACUACCCCACAGUGAUCGUCAACGGACGAGUGUACGAGCUCAAGAUCACAGACUUGCCUGCGGUGCCGUACAUUCCCGUAGACUCUGUGUACGAGCUUGCAGAUUGCCCAGUAAGAGACGCCACAGUAUACAUGCUAGUUCUAGAUCUCUCGGACCUGGAGACGAUCCGAUACCUGGAGACCGUCCGUGAGCAGAUCCAGGAAAGCAGGGAGCUGAGUGAUAUCCCGGCGCUGGUUGUCGCCAACAAGAUUGAUCU